AUGAAUAAUACUGCGAGAACCAAGCGCUGCGGACUUUGCGGCCUGCCCGUGGAAGAACCAGACCCAGCAGUUCACGACGGAUGUGAGCAGAUGGACAUAAAUUGCGGCUCAGGCGCGUUGCAACGACACGCUAGAAUCACGAGAUGGGCAGAGGCAAUGAUUGCUGACGGACUGUCGCUUUGUUUCGCUCAGGGCAAAACAAAGGCUGAACAGGAACUCAGCAGGACGUCAGAAGUCCUGCGAAGCAUUGGCCGAUAUUUGGUCUCACACUACAUAGUGAGGGAGAACGAGUGCAUGCUUCGUAGGGCUUCCCGUAUUACUUUUGUUCUGAGGGGCCAAGUUAAGGUCGCCUUCUCUUUGUUUCAAGGACGGAAGUACGUUGCGUCUGUGUCGAACGGUCAGGAACAGAAGCCAGGCAACUCAUCCGAACUGUUUGCACUUGGUCCGGGAGAAACGGCGCAUGUCGUCCACAUUGCCGAAAACCAUCUCGGUGUCGUCAGCCUGGUAGUUGCUCAUUUAGACCAUGCCUUUCAAGCUGAACAAGUUGCUGGAGUAUGGUGGAGAGCCAUCUACAUCCCAUGUGGAAGAUGCUUGAUCAUGGCAACUAACGAUGGGAUCAAACUUCGGAGCCUGUCUCCAGUAAGCCCUUGCGCUUUCUGCACGACAUCGCGGGGACCUCGUUAUCAUCAGAUCGCAUGGCCCUGCCCAACACACCACAUAGCGAUCCGUUGGGUGGGAGAACCACGCUCGUAUCCGGCGCGAAUGGCACCUGUCAUCUUGAAAGAGUCAUCUAUCGGUAUAUCGACUUAUUGGGAACACACAACCAUGGCAAUUCACAGUCAUGAUAUUGACGAGAAAUCCCUGGCCCUUUACUCUCGGACAGGUGGCGAUGCAGCUUGGUUUCACACCCCCUUCGACGACAACGAGGCAAUUACCGAGAUCUGGUGGGGAAGCAUUGGCGGCAAUGGUGAUGCGAUGGGUCUUCGGACCAGCAAAGGCCGAGAGGUCUGCCUAGGCUUCGUGGGUGCAAUCCCAGACCUUGACUGGGAACUAGCAUCUACACCAGCGAUGGAUAACUACCGAAUUUACUACGACUCCAUGUCAUCUAUGGGUAUUGGUGGCCUAGCUUUCGAGGACCCCAGUCCCGUUGCUCAAGGCUUUCAGCCCUUCGACCCUACCACCAUUGUGCCACCAAUGCCGGACUUUCGGUAUUGUGUCGAGCCCUUCUUCUUUUCGUCCGCCAACCUACACAAUCUCUCCAAAAUCACAGUCUGCCAAAUUCCAGACAAACGUGGGGUCUCUGGUCUCCUUCUCACGUACAAAAACGGCCACAAGGAGGCUCUUGGUGAAGUACGACUGAACUGCCUUGAACCUCCCAUCGACGUCGGCAAACAGGACCGGGUCUGGUUACGCUUUGAGUAUGAUCCCACAGGAAUCAUCGAUGAACAUCCUCGCCUUGUCGAGAUCUCCUUCUCCCCCAUUGAACCUAUUAUGCGCGAUGGAACAGAUCCUGCAGUUGUCGGCAUCAACUGUCUCGAAGUUCUCUUUACAGAUGAACUGCACUGGUGGUGGUCAUCCCUCCAGUGUCAGGUUUUCUACGACGGCCAGGGCAGCUUACAACCACGAGAUGCCGAGAAAUGGCUCCUAUUCGACGACUAA